AUGGCCACCAAUUUCAACGACAUCGUGAAGCAGGGCUACGUGCGCAUCCGGAGCAGGAGGCUGGGGAUUUACCAGAGAUGCUGGUUAGUAUUCAAAAAAGCUUCAAGCAAAGGGCCAAAGAGGCUGGAGAAAUUCUCAGAUGAACGAGCUGCUUACUUUAGGUGCUAUCACAAGGUCACAGAGCUCAAUAAUGUGAAGAAUAUAUUACGAAUGCCUAAAAGCACAAAGAAGCAUGCUGUUGGGAUUUAUUUUAAUGAUGACACAUCAAAAACCUUUGCUUGUGAGUCAGAACUUGAGGCAGAUGAGUGGUGCAAGGUGCUGCAGAUGGAGUGUCUUGGAACCCGAAUUAAUGACAUUAGCCUUGGAGAGCCUGACUUGUUGGCAUCUGGAGUAGAGAGGGAGCAGAGUGAGAGAUUCAAUGUGUAUUUGAUGCCAUCCCCUAAUUUAGAUGUGCAUGGGGAAUGUACCUUGCAGAUAACAUUUGAGAAUAUCUGUCUUUGGGACAUCCAGAAUCCCAGAGUAAAACUCGUCUCUUGGCCAUUAAGUGCCCUCCGACGCUACGGGCGGGACCCCUCUUGGUUCACGUUUGAAGCUGGGAGAAUGUGUGACACAGGAGAAGGACUAUUCAUCUUUCAGACCAGAGAAGGGGAAGCAAUCUAUCAGAAGGUUCAUUCAGCUGCUUUGGCCAUAGCAGAACAACAUGAGCGCCUGCUGCAGAGCGUGAAAAGUUCAAUGCUUCAGAUGAAAAUGAGUGAGCGAGCAGUGUCCCUCAGCGCCAUGGUGCCCCUGCCCCGCAGUGCCUACUGGCAGCACAUCACGCGACAGCACAGCACCGGCCAGCUCUAUGGUCUGCAAGAUGUUUCUAGCCCAGUGAAGCUUCAUCGCACAGACACUUUUCCAACCUACAUGUCAGACCAUCGAGGGGAACAAAACCAACAAGCCCUCCAGUGUAUCUUUUAUAUCUUGUAGCUGGACAGAGAAAAAAUCACUCCCUAAAUAUUUCCAAAUGUUUUUGUAUGAUAGGUAUGUUGUAAAUAAAUGAGCCUCUUCCUGUUGUAGUGUGGUUCCAUUUUGUCUGUUACAUCUCUGUGUCCCCUCAUGUCAGCUGCUGUUGGUUGUAAUGCUUCUCUUUAGUUAUUUACAUUAUUGUUCAGCCUAAUCCUUGACCUUUGAAAUGGUGGCCAGUUUUAAGCAUCUAUUGGAUACAAAUUUUCCUGUUUGAAACCUGAUGAAGACUUGAUUGAUUUCUUUUAAAAGCACCCUCUCUAUCUUCUAUUUUCUGUAUU